AUGUGGACCCAAGGCGAGAACAACACUAGCGCCCAGCCUUCGGCGUCAUCUGCGAGCUCUAGAGAGAUACCGAAUCCAUCAAAGCUGCCAGAGCUCAAGUACUAUAAGCUCCCGAACCCAACAUCUAUCCGUCUCUUGGACAUCGUCGAGUCCGAGUCUGACAAGGUUCGCUGUGAAAUGCGGAUCAUGGAUUUGAACUCUUGUCCCGAGUAUGCCGCGCUCUCCUACACUUGGGGAAACCCUGUCACGGUCUACGAAGAGCCUAUGCCGGACACCCAGAAUCUGAAGUACCCAGAAGAUGCCGACAAGCUCCCCUUCACCUACUCCACACCCCCGCUUGGCCCUAACGGGGAGGCGCUUGUCGUUGUCGAUGGCCCCAGGGAGGAUUACGGAACCCAGCGCUCGAUCGAGGUCAACGGAUGCGCGGUGCAUGUUGAGGAGAAUUUGUUUCUCUAUCUCGUGGCGGUAGGCCACUGGAGGGCUCAACAUGCUAGAACGGGUGACGAUUCCGACCACGUCCAUGAUGCUCUGCGCCUACCAAUGUGGAUUGACGCUCUAUGCGUCAAUCAAACCGAUCUCGCCGAGCGGGCUGCACAAGUCCAGCUGAUGAAAAGGAUCUUCAAGUCGGCGUCCAUCGUCUUCGCCUGGAUAGGGCAAAGCGAUAGGCUGUCCAGCAUCGCCACCGAUGCCAUGGAAAUGAUUCUGAACUACGCAUCAACACUCUCAGAGGCUAUCUUCGCUCCGACACAUGAUUCCGAGGUCCAGCGCCCAGAACUAAUGGACACGUCGCUCUCGUCGAUUCCCGGAAUGAGCGUGGCUCAUUGGUUUGCCCUCUUCUCGCUCCUUCAGCGGCUUUACUUCAGGCGAGCAUGGAUUGCGCAGGAGCUCAUCUUCUCCAAAAGCAUACUUAUGAUCUGUAGCGGAGGCAUCAUGAGCAUAACCCUCCUUCUGACCGCUAGGUCGGAACCUAUUGACCGGCCACCCCUCUCCGACGCCGGUCGGCACUUCAUGAAGCUUGCGACAUUCGCUGAGACUCAGUGUUCUCCUCAAAUAGCGUCGGCGAGCACUCCUCGGUCGCUGGAGAUCGAACCAAGAAACGCAUUCUCCUUCAUCCUGGGGUAUCAUCGUGUCCGCGGACGUCUCGGGUCCAGUAAAGCUGGAAUGCCGUUGAUAAGGAGCCGACUCGUGUCCUCAAGAGUAAACUCGAAAGCCGUGCAUAGCUGGGGCGUUGAACUUCCAGAACAUAUCAAGCUAAGCGAUCAGGUCAUGGUAGAGGUCGAACCGGGAGUUUUCAGGUUCCAUCGCCGCCCUCUCCGCCUACUCUCGGUGCUGUCGGACUUCCGCAAUCUCGAUGCCACCGACCCACGUGAUAAAAUCUUCGCCUUCCUUAAUCUCGCCACGGAUGACCUCGGCCUUAUUCCGGACUACUGCGCCAAUGUGCAAGAUGUCUUCAGAAAGGCGACCGAAGCGAUGUUGAAGAAGACGGGCACUUUUUCCGUCUUGUCCCAGAUCCAGGAUCCAUCAGAGACCAAAAUUAAGGGCCUGCCUGGUUGGGUCCCCGACUUCAGCGCCAGACUUGAGCGAACACCGUUUGACCAAGACGGAGAGGAGUACCAAUUCUAUACUUCGUCUAACUUUCCAACGGCGAAGAUGCACUUCAACACGGAUGGGACGCUCGGGGUAGAUGGUUUCAAGGUAGACACCGUGUCCUCGGUCACCGACAUGGAAGGAGAUGCUAUCAUCCAGGUCCUGAAACUCGCGCUGAAAGUGCCCGCGCAUUACCCUGCGAAUCCUCUCGCCUGGUGGUGUAAGGAUCACGUUGGUCGACAUCUCCGCCCGCGAGCUGUCACCCGCGUCGAAGCACUCUGGCGUACUCUCGUUGCAGACCAGUUGACGGAAAUGGAUGAAGACUACGGAACUCUGGACUCCAGAGCCGGCCUGAGCACUGGCUUCGUCAACUGGGUUAUUACGGAUAUCCUGGAGGCUCGUGGAUUGCUCGUCCAGUACAUCGAUAUCGAUCCAGAUCAUUGGAUGGUAAAGCUGAUAAUAGAUUCCUUCUGCACAAGGAUGUGUCUUUGGUCGGCGAUGUACGAUGAACGUCAAAUUUCCACCUUCACCAACCUGCGAGAUCUGGGGGGCGUCCUUGACGAUCUGGGGUCCAAAAAGCAAGACGAGGAGGAUCAAUAUCAGCCAGACCAGCAUCUUGAAAUUCCGUCGCCAAGGAUGGGCCUUGAGCAUUUCCCGACGGCCCACCAGAUAGCGGCGUGCUUUCGCAAGCAUGUCCAGGAACCCGAGGACGGUGAAGACACCCUUAUCGGAAGCUACAGGACAAGCGCGCUGCUGCGAUUGACCCAACUGGAGCGCAGACAGCUCCGAAACUUCGAAAAGUGUAUGCAGGAAGCAACUGAGGGGCGCCGGCUGUUCUGCACCGAGGCGGGUCGGUUUGGUCUAGGUCCGAAGCCGACCGGACAGGAUUCCCAGUGCACAGACCAGAUAUGGAUUUUGAAUGGAGCCAAGGUACCUUUUGUCUUGCGAUGGGAACGAGAGAACCGGUACAAGAUCGUUGGGGAGGCGUACGUCCACGGCGUCAUGUAUGGGGAGGAGACGAACACGCUACAGGAGAUUCGCCUGGUCUAA